UGAUCCUUCAGCAAAAUUUAUAUAAGAGCCUCAGUUCUGGCUACGUGGGCACUUUAUCUUCCCAGCUACUCAGAGCUCCACAGGCCACCCACAACCUUCCAAUGGAUCCCCUCGGAGGAGCAGCCCUUUUCCUGGUCAUCUGCCUCUGUUGCCUGACAGUCCUCUCAACAUGGCGGCAGAUGCACCGCAAAAGCCAGAUGCCACCUGGACCAACUCCGCUCCCCUUCAUCGGGAACCUGCUCCAAGUCAACACAAGUGAUAUGUACCGUUCACUCAUGAAGAUUCAUGAGAAAUAUGGUCCUGUCUACACCAUCCACUUAGGGCCCCGCCGUGUUGUGAUCUUGUGUGGAUACGAUGCAGUGAAGGAGGCCCUGGUGGAUCAGGCCGAAGAGUUCAGCGGCCGUGGAGAGCAAGCCGCAUUUGACUGGAUUUUCCGGGGUUACGGGGUUGCCUUCAGCAACGGGGAACGGGCCAAACAGCUACGCCGAUUCUCCAUCAUGACGCUGAGGAAUUUUGGGAUGGGAAAGAGAUCCAUCGAAGAGCGGAUCCUGGAGGAGGCCCACUUCCUGCUGGAAUCCCUGAGGGCAACAAAAAGUGCCCCCUUUGACCCCACCUACAUGCUGAGCCGCACAGUGUCCAAUGUCAUCAGCUCCAUUGCCUUUGGCGAUCGCUUUGAAUACGAAGAUCAGGAGUUCCACUCCCUGCUGAGCAUGAUGCUGGGUAGCUUCCGGUUCACUGCCACCUCUUGGGGACAGCUCUACGACAUGUUCUCGGACGUCAUGCAGUACCUGCCUGGCCCACAGCAGGAAGCCUUCAAGCAACUCUUAGGGUUGGAGAACUUCAUCAGAAAGAAAGUAAAAGCUAACGAGGAGACCCUGGACCCAAACUCCCCUCGGGAUUUCAUCGACUGUUUCCUUGUGAAAAUGCAUCAGGAAAAGGAAAACCCACACUCCGAGUUCUCCAUGAGGAAUCUGGUUUUGACUACCCUCGGCAUUUUCUUUGCUGGCACAGAAACUGUCAGCACCACCUUGCGUUAUGGCUUCCUUCUUCUGCUGAAAUACCCGGAGGUUCAAGAGAAAGUCCAUAAGGAGAUUGAACGUGUGAUUGGCCAGAAUCGCAGUCCCAGCAUGAACGACCGGCCCCUGAUGCCCUAUACGGAUGCUGUGAUCCAUGAGAUCCAGAGAUUCUCUGACAUAAUUCCUAUGGGGGUAUCACGACGAGUGACCCGUGAUACUCAAUUCCGGGGAUACACCAUUCCCAAGGGGACUGAAGUGUUCCCCAUGCUUGGGACUGUGCUGAGAGACCCCCGGCAUUUCGCAAGACCAGACGUGUUUGACCCCCAGCACUUUCUGGAUGGGAAUGGGCAGUUCAAGAAGAACGAGGCUUUUAUGCCUUUCUCUAUUGGGAAACGCUACUGCUUUGGAGAGCAGCUGGCCCGGAUGCAACUCUUCCUCUUCUUCACCAGCAUCCUGCAGAACUUCCACAUCAAAUCUCCCACCCCACCUGAAAAGAUUGACGUCUCUCCCAUGCUGGUUGGCUUUGCCACCCUUCCGCGUUUUUAUGAAAUGUGUGCCAUUCCCCUCUCUGGUGAGCAGCACAUUGCCUGUAGAGCUCCACAGACCACCCGCAACCUCCCCAUGGAUCUCCUGGGAGCAGCGGCCCUUUUCCUGGUCAUCUGCCUCUCUUGCCUGACAGUCCUCUCAACAUGGCGGCAGAUGCAUCGCAAAAGCCAGAUGCCACCUGGACCAACUCCGCUCCCCUUCAUCGGGAACCUGCUCCAAGUCAACACAAGUGAUAUGUACCGUUCACUCAUCAAGGUUUCAUGAGAAAUAGGUCCUGUCUACACCAUCCACUUAGGGCCCCGCCGCGUUGUGGUGUUGGGAUACGAUGCAGUGAAGGAGGCCCUGAUGGAUCAGGCCGAAGAGUUCAGAGACCGUGGAGAGCAAGCCACGUUGGACUGGCUUUUCCGGGGUUACGGGGUUGCCUUCUGUAACUGGGAACGGGCCAAACCACUACGCCGAUUCCUCCAUCAUGACGCUGAGGAAUUUUGGGAUGGGAAGAGAUCUGUCGAAGAGCGGAUCCUGGAGGAGAUCCACUUCCUGCUGGAAACCCUGAGGGCAACAAAAAGUGAACCCUUUGACCCCACUUUUGUCCUGAGCCGCUCAGUGUCCAACAUCAUCAGCUCCAUCGCCUUUGGCAACCGCUUUGAAUACGAAGAACGGAGUUUCUCAUCCAUGCUCCGCGCUAUGCUGGAAACCUUCCAGUGUACUUCCACCUCUUGGGCACAGCUCUACGACAUGUUCUCAGGCAUAAUGCAGCACUUCCCUGGCCCACAAGAUAAAACCUUCAAGAAGCUGUUGGGCCUGAAGAAGUUUAUUACAAAGAAGGCAAUAAUGAACAAAGAAACCCUGACCCCAACAAUCCUCGGGAUUUUAUUGAUUUGCUUCCUAGUGAAAAUGCAGCAGGAAAAGGAAAACCCAAACUCAGAGUUCUUCCUAGAAAAUUUGGUUUGUACGACAGCUAACAUCUUCUUUGCUGGAACAGAAACAGUCAGCACCACCUUGCGCUAUGGCAUUCUGCUUCUGCUGAAAUACCCGGAGAUUGAAGAGAAGAUCCACAAAGAGAUUGAACGUGUGAUUGGCCUGAAUCGCAUUCCCAACAUGGAUGACCGUCCCCUGAUGCCCUACACGGAUGCGGUGAUCCACGAGAUCCAGAGAUUUACUGACAUGAUUCCCUUGGGGGUAGCAAGACGUGUGACCCGUGAUACCAAGUUCCGUGGAUACACCAUUCCCAAGGGGACCGAAGUCUUCCCUGUGCUUGGAUCUGUGCUGAGAGACCCCAAAUAUUUUGAAAGACCAGAUGUGUUUGACCCCCAGCAUUUCCUGGAUGAGAACGGGCAGUUCAAGAAGAAUAAGGCUUUUAUGCCAUUCUCCAUCGGGAAACGCUAUUGCUUUGGGGAGCACCUCGCUCGGAUGGAGAUCUUCCUCAUCCUCACCAGCAUCCUGCAGAAGUUCCGCUUCAAAUCUCCCAUCCCACCUGAAAAGAUCAACAUCUCUCCCAUGCUGGUUGGCUUUGCCACCCUUCCGCAUUUCUAUGAAAUGUGUGCCAUUCCCUUCUGAAGGUGGUCAGGUGUCUUGGAGAAGCAGAACCCCAUCGUCACCCACCUUGGCCACCCAAAAGCACACACACACACACAC